AAAAAAAAAAGUGCACUGUAAAUAAAAUUGUAAAUUUUCAAUUUACUGUGGAGGUACUUGUAAAAUCAGGGGUUUACCAAAAUCAUCAUGAUCAUUACCAUAUACGAACACAAUCAGGACAAUCUUGAGCUUACAGCAUGACAAAUACAUCAGAUAUUAUACAACCAGUUUCAUUCUAUCUAAUUACAUCCAAAAAUAACAAGCAGUUGCACUGGAGAAAUGCCAAAAAUACAGAUAAGAAUAAAAAUACAAAUGAGGUAACUUAGAGACUGUGUUGCCAUUAAAUUGUUUGCCCACUAGAGACCACUGGCAAGUCUCUUUUCCAAAUGUAUAAUGUCCCGCUCCGGACAUAUAAUGGUCACAAUUCUUUAAUAACCAAAUUUAAAGGAUGUUCUUUCUUUCUUUCUUUCUUUCUUUCUUUCUUUCUUUCUUUCUUUCUUUCUUUCUUUAACACAAUAACAAAUAUCCACUAUUACAGCUUUAACUGAAAAAAAUGAAGGUAAUCUACCAUGAAUAAUAAAUGCGAGUGAGACGUCACGUCAAAAACCGCGGAAAAAGCCGACAUUCUACGAGGACUCACGAUGCGUUUCUUGGCAACCAGUGUGUUUGCGAUUCAAGUUUGUCGUCUCUCUCACAAAGAACUGCCACUUGUUUUAACGCAAAGAUUAACGCAUGAUUAAACUACAGUUUGUCCGUCAAAAUGCUUAAUGUUGAAUUACUGUGUGACCGCACGGCGAGGGCGAGUCUGCAGAAGCGUCGCGACGGAGAAACUGAACGACAAGAGCGGAUUUUUAAUGACAAAGUCAGGACCAUCGGGGUUGACAAGGAAGCCCUGGAUAUGCAGGUGAAAGAGAGGAAGAAACGAGAAGAGGCAGAAAAGGAGAAACAAAACGCAUGCGAUGCUGAUUUGCGCCAUAAUAGCAAAGUAGCUUGCAUUCUCCAUAGCAGGGAAGUGAAGGAGAAGCAUGCCAUGGAAAAGGCCAUUGUCAACUACCGCCAUCAGUACCAGCAGCCUUGGUGCCAGCGGGAGUAUGAUCUGAACGACCCAGACCGCUGUAGAAAAACAGACAAGGACGAUGCACAGAUGAUGCCCCCAGGCCUAGUGGGCGAGGACCCAGAGAGUAAAAACAGAGUGCAGAGGCAGAGGGAGCAGCUCAGAGAGUGGCUCAUCCAGCAGCAGAGUGAGCAGGCAGCAGAAAGGCAUCAACAAAAGUUGGAAGAGCAGCACUAUGACCAAAGCAGAGUAGAGAUGGACAACAAAGCUCUGCAGCUUCAGAGCCUUGAGAUGAACAGGAGAAAAGCAGAAGCCGUUGCCACCAAAGAGUAUAAUCUGGCCAAGACUGAAGAGAAGCGUCAUCAGGAGCAGAACAGAGCAGACAAAUCAAACCAACCGGAAGGACAGCUGAAAGGUGUAGAUGUCAAACCCACCCUGGGCAUGGUGGGAGCAGCAAGUCUCUUUCCCAGCAGGUAUAGGAGAGACCCUCCGGAGAGCCUGCAGCAGGUCAUCCAGUUUCAGAAAUACCAAAUAGAGGAGAGAAAGAGGAUAGAAUUAGAGAAGAAGCAAGAAGAGAUGCUGCAUGAUCACGUUCGCUUGGCCUCGGCUCGUACGGCUCUGCUUAUAGAGAGGCAGCAGGCAAAACUGAACAAGCAGAUGAGACGACACCUGGACAGCACCAACAUCAAACUGGCCGAAACACACAAACAGCUGAAACCAGACAUUGAAAGAGGAUGCAUUGACGACAACUUCUUCUCCAAAUUCAACACCUGCAGCAGAUGACGGAUGACACACUGCACUGAUGACUCGCUCAGUGGAUAAGUAUUAACAACGGUGCUACAUGACAAGAAAACGGAAUAAACUUAGCAACACAGUCAAUCAGUAGUUGUUUUUAAUUAUGUCAAGUUAAUUUGGACACUUCACAACAUUCAAAUAUGUCUGGAUGAUGCUGACAGUUGUUCAUAUCAAUCUUUUGCUAUUGCUUCAAAAAUAAAUCCAAAUAAAAACCCUAUAAAACAAUGUAAAAAAGAAAAAAUCAGUUUCCUUCAAGAAUAUUUUUCCAAGGCCCACAUCAUUUAACAUCCAUUUCAACAGGCAACCUAUUACACUCUUACAAAUCAAACCACAAACACACAAGGACGAAUCAAACAGCAUUAAGCACCUCAUCCAGUUAACAAUG